GUCGCCGCACCUGCCCCGACAUGAACGGGGCCAGCGACCUGCCUCUUUUUAUAAGAGAUAUUAAGCCCGGACUGAAAAACUUAAAUGUCGUCUUUAUUGUCCUGGAGAUAGGACGCGUGACCAAAACCAAAGACGGCCAUGAAGUGCGAUCGUGCAAAGUAGCCGAUAAAACCGGCAGCAUCACCAUCUCCGUGUGGGAUGAGAUCGGAGGUCUCAUACAGCCAGGAGAUAUUAUUCGGUUGACCCGAGGCUAUGCGUCCAUGUGGAAAGGUUGUCUGACGCUUUAUACUGGAAGGGGUGGUGAACUUCAGAAAAUUGGGGAAUUUUGUAUGGUUUAUUCAGAAUUGCCAAAUUUCAGUGAACCCAACCCAGAUUACCGAGGACAGCAGAACAAAGGGGCACAGAGUGAACUGAAGAAUAAUUCCAUGAGUGGUAGUAUGGGUACAGGUACAUUUGGACCAGUGGGAAAUGGUGUUCAAACCGGCCCUGAAUCAAGGGGAUACCAAUUUUCAUAUGCUGGUAGAAGCAAUGGCCGGGGACCUAUGCAUCUACAACCUCCAGGAACAUCGCAUGAUCAGACAGCCAUGGCUACUAUAAGUAAUGGCAGGGACCCUCGGAGAGCCUUUAAAAGAUGACCUAUGCAGAAUGCUCACAUGUAGUUCUUAAGCUAUGUGUCCUACUUGAACACUUACUGCACUUUUAUUUAUUAACUGUGAAGAGUAUGUCCUUUAUUGGUUUCCUUGUGCAUUUUUAGUUUGUUAAGAAGAAGGGUUUGUUUUUAUAGCAGAACUGUUGAGCUGCUCAAGUCUCCUACUGAAGAAUGGGAACACUCUGAAAAGCAGGGGCAUUUAUUUUUAGAGUAAGGUUGGAUAGCCUCUAAAAUCUGCACCCAUUUCAUGGGUGAGUUACUUUAAGACGUCAGCUUUAUAGCCUCUGUGAGUCUGUCUUCUGUAUAAAUUUUAUAAUAUUUACCAUAAAGCUUAGUGGGAGAUGUUCUUUUGUCUUGAAUUCAGAUAAUGCCAACUAAAGCAAUAACCACCAAAACCCCCCACAAACUUGUCAAUGCUAGCAGCAGUUUUUUAGUGUUUGUGGCUCCUGGAGUGAUUGACUUCUCCCUUGAAUGAUUGCUAUUAAGAUUUUCUGAGGACUGAAUCAUCCUAAAUUCUGGUUUUAUUACCAAAAAACCAGAAUCAGAAUUAUGGAAUAGAAUGUGAUCUAUAUUGUAACAAGUAGUUUUUAGAAGAAAACUGCAUUUACUUUAAUUUUAGGGCAGUGCUCUUAAUGUUUGUUAUCAACUCUGGAUUACAUUGAAGGAAAAUUUAAUACUGAGGCCUUGAAUUUUUAUUUUUUGAAACAACCAUGUUAAAUAUUAAAGUCAUUUGAGGGAGUUAUAAAGUCAUAAUAAAUAUUGAUCUAAUUAUUUUAAAAAAUAAUUGUGGAUGAACAUAGUGAAGGUGAUUCUGAGUGAAUCAGUGUAGUUGGAUGCAGACCUCAGUGAUAGGGCUCCAGGUCCUUAUGGAGCUCACCCAGAGUAAAAUCCCAGGUUCUUUGAGGGAGUGUGUGCGUGUUGUCAAAGUUUUUGAACAUUCACAUAGCCUUAUUAGCAAAGGUUGGAAAUGACUCUCUCAAGGAAGCAGAUUCAGCUUUAUUGGGAAGUAUCAUAGGUAGAGUGUCUGUGUGUGUCGGGCACUCAUAUCCACUUCCCUGAAGGGUGGUUGGCCGUGAGUUUCUCCUUUGUGGGAAUUUAACUCGUCUUGAAUAUUAUCUCUUGAAUAAAACUUGCAUUACUGUUAA